AGCUGCCUAGAGGAAGGAGCAGACCCGAGAGGCAGCAGGUCGGGAGUGAACCUCGUUGCCUCAGCCUCAUGCUUCGUCUCGGGGACUUUUACUCCUCCAGUUGGCUGGUGAAGUCAUUGUGAUAUUUAUUUAUAUAUAUAUAUAUAUUAUUUGUAUAACUUUAGUUAGAAAAAAGUUUAGAGAAAUGGGGGAAGAAGAGAAGGGAGCCCUGGUCAUGGGGUUGUAUUGCAUGGAGUCGGACACAGCCGUGAAAGCCAAGCCUGACCCAAACAUCCUCUAUGAUGACAGAGUGCUGCAGAGUUUAUUAACUAUCGAGGAGAGUUUUUUACCUCAGUGUUCGUAUUUCCAGCGGGUCCAGAAGGACAUUCAGCCUUAUAUGAGAAAAAUGGUUGCAGACUGGAUGCAUGAGGUUUGUGAGGAGGAAAACACCAACCAAGAUGUCUUCCCUUUAGCCAUUAAUUAUUUGGACAGAUUUUUAGCAACCAUGCCCACAAGAAAAAACUAUUUGCAGCUUUUGGGUGCUGUGUGCAUCUUCCUGGCUGCCAAGCUGAAGGACUGCAGGCCUCUAUCAGCAGAGAAGCUCUGCGUUUACACAGACAACUCCAUCACACCACGAGAGCUGCUGGAUUGGGAACUGGUUGUCCUGGGGAAAUUGAAGUGGAACAUGGCCUCAGUCAUCCCCAAUGACUUUAUAGAGCACAUCAUGCGCCGGCUGCCCCUUCCCAAAGACAAGCAGGCGAUGGUCCGUAAACACACGCUGACAUUCAUCGCCCUCUGUGCCACAGAUGACCGCCUCGCCAUGAACCCUCCCUCCAUGAUCGCCACCGGCAGCAUGGCAGCUGCCAUCUGCGGACUGCAGCUGGACCACAGUGACCAGAGGCUGAAUCGAGACAACCUGACGAACCUGCUGGCUAAGAUCACCAACACUGAAGUUGACUGUUUGAGGGCGUGUCAGGAGCAAAUCGAGCGUGUGCUGGCCUCCAGCCUGCAGCAGGGCCAGCAGUACGGGCCAGAGACCGGCAUCAGCGGCGGCAACAAGUCAAGGGAGCAGCAGGAUCAGUCCAGCACCCCCACGGACGUGCGUGAUGUCAACUUAUGAGCUCCCAUCGCCGCCUGACUCGGCCAACGCGUGCCUGCUUACCAAUGAACUGACAGGAGCAUGAGGCUGGGAGGAGAGAGGGGGGCAUGAGCUGCCAGUAUCAAUUUUAAAAUACCCCCCUUCAGCGAUGGCGUGACAAUCUAUGAACUUUUAGAAAAUAAGAAAUUAGUAGUUUUUCUCCUUUUUGUUUUUUUGCCCCAUUCACACCUGGUUUGGGUCUAUUUUCACCUAUUUUUGUACAUGUAACUUGUAACGAAACAAGCUAUUUAAGAAAAGAAACAGACUUGAUAGUGCCUUAGGUGUCAAAACGGCAACCUGAACAUAUUUUUCAUACUUGAAAAUUGCAUAAAUAUAUGAGAUAUAUUGAAUGAUGUACAUUUAGCCAGCAUUUAUAACUCUUUAACCAACUUUAGUUAGUAGUUAUCAAUUUAGUUUUACUGGCAAUUUCCAUUACUUGGAAAUCCACAUAGCAGUAAUUAAAGCAGGGGAGCGGAUUCGUAGCUAGCUGCUCCAUCUAUCAUACUGUGCACCUGUAGCACUGCUUAUUAUUUAUGCAGAGGAGUGCUGGUGAGUGAGUGGGCUGUGCCUGCUCACAGAGGAAGGAUGUGAAAGGAAACAGGUCUGAGUUGUGGAGCUGCCGUUUCCAAAAGCUGUUGAUUCCUUGGAGUGGCGUCUGAAUUUACCAUGGCCACCUGUGUUGUGUUGUCGGAGCGGUUAUAAGUGUAAAAUAGUUUGUUUGGAAGGGGUUUAGCGUUCAUAGUUUUUUAAAACACAAGGAUUUGCAAGUUGUCUAAGAGUGAACAGCUGUGUUUCUAGAAGUGGAGGGUAAAAGAAAGCCGGUGGAAAGUGGAUUAAAAAGUGUGCUAAAAGUAUGGGGUGCAAAAAAAAAUGCAAAGUGAGGUUGAGAAGAUUCUUUUAAGCUUUAUAUUUCUGCAGGAUUUUUCUCUUGCAGGAAAUCAGAGUGACAGGAGGAGAAAUGGCUCAUUUUUGUUUCUCCUGUUAUCAAUUACACCAUUGGUCCUUCUGUAGAGAGGGCGACAUGGAACGAUAUUGAUGCACUUUUAAAACACACUCCUUAAGUUUCGGUAAGGGGAUGGUUUGCGAGGAAAAGUUAGGAGUCAUUUGUUUUUGUUCUAUCUUUUCUUUUAAGUUAUUUGUUUUUUUCCUGGGCUGGAUUCCCAUGGGGCGAAGCAUGUUGUCUUGAAUGCUUUGCCUCAGUUGGUGAAUAGACUUAUUAAAAAUCACCCUCCUAAUGUAAAAGUUUGUAAACCAAGGCAAGCCAAUCAGAUUUAAGUCUGCUUGUGUAAUCCUAAACUUGAAUUUAUUUCAUUUUCAGAUCAUUUAGCCCCAUCCCAUUAGAUCCAAUAGUUACAUCUCUAUUUUGUGUUGAUUUCUUCUUUUAACUGCAGUUUAAAGGCAGCCCUUUUUUUUUUGUAAAUAAAUAAAAAAAAUAUCUCUAGAUAAACAAAAAUGCUUGAAAACCUUUUAAACUGUUUCCAAUUAGCUCUAAUUUCUUUUUCAAAUGUGCAAAAAGAGCCAAAUUGUUUUAAGGAGUGCUUUAAAGUCAAGCAUGUUUGAUGCUUUUAGAUUCCCAAAGUAAAAAGAAAUGAUCUACAACAUUCUUUGCUGCUAUUAAGCUUUCUCUUUCUUUGUCUUACACAAAAAAAAUGCCUUAUCGUCAUUCACUUGUGUGCUGCUAUAUUGUAAUAUGUUGUACAUGUAACAAGUGUGCUUUUCUCUUUUGUCAACGUACCAGAGGGAAAAGGGAGCAGAGUUUUGAUGCGGGACUGGAAAUCCUUUUUUUUUUUUUGAUCAGCAUGUUUUAUGCAUUUAUUGUUUUAAUCGUUGUAAUCUUUGUUCUAUCUUCGUUCUAUCUAUAUUCUUGCUGCUUCUUGUGUAUCUCAGGAUAAUCGAAUUGGACAGACACAGCGAGAGGCAAUCUCACACUUACCUCAUCACACGUCGUAUCACUCACAAUCACUUCACUCCUGAUUCGUCUGACGGGUUUCGCUUUUUCUUUUUCUUUUUUUUUUCUUUUUGUUGUUCCUUAUGUUAAGAAAUUCACCUUACAGAUCCCACCGAUUUAAAAGUGCCUCCUGCCUACCUUCAAAUGGCUAAUUUUCAAGUCUGGUGCCAGCUCAAAUAAAUACAAUAGUGUGUUUUAUUCAUGUUUUUGAUAGGCAUGCAAAAAAAAAAAAAUUAUUAGGGGAACAAGUUUGGAUCAGUUCAAUGAAAUGCAUUGUCAUUUGUUUUUGAGGUACCCAUUUACUCAAUUUUAGAAUUGUUUGUCGUGGUUCAUACAAAUCCUUUCCCAUUUAUCCCUGUGUGCAACCACUUGUGUACCUCAAUUUGUUCUCAAUAAAUUGGCUAAAAUCAC